AUGGGGACGACAAAGCAACCACAGAUUCGCAUCAUUGUAUUGGAGAAGGGAGAGCACUUGACUACCGUAGUUCGGCGACUUGAGAAAGGACAAAUCGUACGUUUCCAUCGUGGAGGAUCCCUAUUGGGAGUGGACGUAAAGAUUCGAACGACUCUGACCGGGGAUGAGCCGUUGAAAUGGACCAGUGGUACUGAUCACUUGGCAGUUUACUGUCAAGUAGAAUGCACCCGAGCCGGCUCUUUCAAGUACACCUUCACAGCCGAUGAUGAAGAAGGCGGCAGCGGCUACUUCUUAGUGAUGCCAGAGUUGACAGUGAACGGGAAACGCCUCCCUCUUGAUGGAAUUGUCUGUCAAACACAUAUUACAAAACUACUAGGUAGCCUUUCGUGUUGGGAAGAUCGCCUACGUGUCUCAAAGGAAAGCGGCUACAAUAUGAUACAUCUUACCCCGAUACAUGAAUUGGGUAUCUCAAACAGCAGCUACUCUCUCAGUGAUCAUCAUGCUCUCAUCCAGACAAUCCACGAGCAAGACCAUCAGGUCACCUUUGACGAUGUGGAGAAGAUGGUACAGAAGCUUGAAAAGGAAUGGAACAUGCUAACUAUUCAAGAUGUCGUCUGGAAUCAUGCUGCGAAGAACGCUAAAUGGCUUCAGGAACAUCCAGAAUGUGCAUAUAACUGUCUCAACUCUCCUCACCUGAGACCUGCUUUUGUCGUCGAUAGGGUCUAUCAUCACUUUGGACGCGAAGUCGGUGAAGGAAAGUGGGCUUCUCGUGGAGUACCAGAGGUUGUCGAUAAUGUGCAUCAUACGAAUGCUAUCGAAUACAUCCUGCGAACCGAAGUGCUCCCAAAAAUCCGUCUACAUGAGUUCUUCCAAGUGAACGUUGAGGAAAAUGUCAAGAAGUUCGAGGAAAUGGCGAGAGGUAUUUAUCUUAUGAAACCGGCUGAAGAUAGCGUACCAAAUUAG